AUGGGACAGUCUCUAACAAUGCCCUUAAGUCUCACUCUUGAUCAUUGGAAAGACGUCCACGACCGGGCACACAACCAGUCUGUCGAGGUUAAAAAAGGAAAAUGGCAGACUCUCUGCACAUCUGAGUGGCCCACUCUCGGAGUGGGAUGGCCAGUGAAUGGCACAUUUAAUAAGAUCAUUAUUUUACAGGUUAAAGAUCGGGUCUUCCACGGACAUCCUGACCAGGUUCCUUAUAUUAUCACUUGGGAGAGUCUCGCCUUAGAACCCCCCCCCUGGGCGGAACCCUUCGUGGACCCGAAUUGGCCUCCCCUCAACCCCAAGCCUGUCUCCUCGGCCCCGCCCGGCCCGCCGGCCACGUCUUCCUCUCUCUACCCCACUCUAAUUAAGAAACCUGUCCUCCCGGCAGACCCAAACUCCCCUCUCAUAGAUCUUCUCUCUGAAGAUCCUCCUCCCCCAUAUCGUUUACCUACAGGCCCGGCUGACACGGAGGAGGCAGAGCCGCCGGCCAGAUCAGUUGCCCGGCAACAGUCUGAUAAAGGUUUCUCCCCUGUCGCAGGGAGAUUGCGCAAUAAGCUCGAGGUGAUGCCAGAUUCAACCUCCCAGGCUUUCCCACUUAGACAGGGAACCGGUGGCCAGACCCAAUACUGGCCGUUUUCAGCAGCUGACAUUUACAAUUGGAAACAACACAACCCUCCCUUCUCCAAAGAUCCGGUGGCACUCACCGACCUAAUAGAAUCUGUUUUACUUACUCACCAGCCUACUUGGGAUGACUGCCAACAGCUCUUACAGGCCCUCUUAACCUCAGAGGAAAAACAAAGAGUGUUCCUAGAGGCCAGAAAACAUGUUCUGGGAGAUGAUGGGCGUCCCACCCAGUUGCCUGAGGAAAUUGAUGCUACAUUCCCACUUAAGAGACCAAACUGGGAUUUUAAUACAGCUGAAGCUUCAGGACAACUCAGCGACCGGACGGCCUGGGUACAAGGAGCUACUGGUGAGAAACAAUACCGAUGGACUACGGACCGCCGGGUUCAGCUGGCUACUGAAGUACAUGGAACCAGGCCGGACCUAUCGGACCAGCCUCUUCAGAAUGCUGACCACACAUGGUACACAGAUGGCAGCAGCUUCUUGGCAGAGGGAGAGCAAAAGGCUGGAGCUGCGGUCACUACGGAAGACAAAGUGAUUUGGGCGAAAGCCCUGCCUGCUGGUACCUCCGCACAACAGGCUGAACUCAUCGCCUUGACUCAGGCGCUCAAGAUGGCAAAAGGUAAGAGGCUAAAUGUAUAUACAGACAGCCGUUAUGCCUUUGCCACGGCACACAUCCAUGGAGAGAUCUACCGGAGGCGGGGGCUACUCACAUCUGAGGGUAAAGAUAUUAAAAAUAAGGCUGAAAUUCUGGCCCUCUUAGAAGCCCUAUUCUUGCCCAAAAGACUGAGUAUUAUACAUUGUCCAGGACACCAGAAAGGGCACAACCCAGAGGCACGAGGAAACCGGCUGGCCGAUGCCACGGCUCGAGAAGCGGCCAUGAGCAAACAAAUCUUGGCCUUAAAUAGCCCAGACCAACCCACGCCCCCACCAGUGGGACAAACCAGUUGGGUUUAUGCCCAUGAGGACAUAGAGCUCCUAGAAAAAAUGGGAGCCAUCUACCACCCUCAACUAAAACAGUGGGUCUACAAAGGAAAGACAGUUAUGCCAAUAAAAAUGACUUUUGAAUUGAUCUCCUUUUUACAUAAAUUAACCCAUUUGGGGUUUAAGAAGAUGAAAACCUUACUAGAUCGAGAAGAGAUAAAUCUGUGUUUUUUAAAUCGGGACAAAGCGAUACAAGAGGUGACUGAGAGUUGCAAAGCGUGCGCUCAGGUUAACCCGGGAAAGACCAUGAUUGGACAAGGAGUUCGUCCUAGGGGACACCGUCCCGGCAUCCAUUGGGAAAUUGAUUUUACUGAAAUUAAACCAGGUAUAUAUGGAUACAAGUAUCUCCUAGUGUUUGUAGACACCUUCUCAGGAUGGGUCGAAGCCUUCCCCACAAAGCACGAGACUGCAAAAAUGGUCACCAAGAAGCUCCUCGAGGAAAUCUUUCCCAGGUAUGGCAUGCCUCAAGCGUUGGGGUCGGACAACGGGCCCGCUUUCGUCUCCCAAGUAAGUCAGUUGGUGGCCAAAUUGCUGGGGAUUGAUUGGAAAUUACAUUGUGCCUAUAGACCCCAGAGUUCAGGUCAGGUAGAACGCAUGAAUAGAACAAUUAAGGAGACUUUAUCCAAACUUACGCUUGCAACUGGCUCAAAGGAUUGGGUGGCCCUCCUUCCCCUAGUUCUAUAUCGGGCCUGGAAUACCCCAGGCCCCCAUGGUCUAACUCCUUUUGAAAUAAUAUAUGGAGCACCACCCCCAUUUGUCCAUUUCUUUGAUUCAAACAUUGCUGAUUUUGCUGACAGCCCUUCUUUGAGGGCCCAUUUACAGGCCCUACAGAUAGUGCAGAGAGACGUCUGGAGACCUUUGGCCGCUGCUUACCAGGACAAGCUUGAGCAUCCGGUGGUGCCACACCCGUUCCAGAUUGGAGACACCGUGUGGGUGCGCAGACACCAGACCAAGAAUCUCGAGCCACGGUGGAAAGGACCCUACACUGUCCUCCUGACUACCCCGACCGCCCUAAAGGUAGACGGAGUCGCAGCUUGGAUCCACGCAUCACACGUCAAGGCAGUCCGGUCUGAGAAAUUGACUAAUCACAACACUACACCCCAGACAUGGAGAGUUCAGCGCACUCCAAACCCCUUAAAGUUAAAACUCCUACGUGGCUCCUCCUAGUCCUCUUGUGGCCUAGAGUCAGUGGGGGAAUAAGCCCCCACCACAUUUAUAACAUUACCUGGACAGUCACUAAUCUCAUGACAGGAAGGC